GUUGAUGAUCGAUUGGAGCACCAUGGUGACUCGAUUAGAAUCAAGAAAGGCCAAAUCUAGCCGCCCAUUAGACUUUGGUGUUCAGACGAUCUCCAUCAACGGAAAUCAGAAACGUCUCAGAGUCGGCAAAAAUUUUAAAACCGUAAGUCCUAAUCCUAACUAUAGAUUCCACUGCGUUAGGAUUUAUUGUUCAAUAGAUUUGAAUGUGCACAUUGUCGAC